AUGGUCUAUUCGUUUGGAGUCCCGUUUGGUAUCGCUGCAAUUUUGAAACUGUGUCAUGAUAUUUGCCAAUUUAUUGGUCCUAUUAUGCUGGAAAAAGUUAUUGAUUUUCUGGAAGACGACUCUCCUGCUCAAGAAGGCUACAUGUAUGCCACCACCAUGUUUGUUUCCGCUCUAUUCCAGAGCGUAUUCCUUCGAAACUACUUCUACCUUUGCUUUCGGACUGGACUCCGCUUGCGUUCGAGUUGCAUUACGAUGUUCUGCAUCCCGAGCCAAGUGCUUUUCACAUUCUGGAUCGUCAUUUCUAGGUAUAGUCAAGGAGAGAUCAUGAAUCUAAUGGAGGUGGAUAGUCAGAAAUUCCAGGAUGCCACAACGUACGUUAUUCUCAUCCCGUGCGAACUCAGAUACAUCCAAAUGAUCUGGUCUGCGCCCUUCCAAAUCAUCGGCUCGCUGAUUCUUUUGUGGCAGCAGUUGGGCUGGGCGACGCUGGCGGGUGUUGUCGUCAUGAUUAUCAUGAUGCCGAUCACCAAAUGCAUCAGCAGGAAGCUCAGCAUGAUUCAGAGAGAACUCAUGAAAGUGAAGGACAAGCGAAUCAACACCACGAGCGAAGCGUUCGAAGGCAUCAAACUCAUCAAGCUGCAGGCCUGGGAGCGAUCCUUCCUCCAGCGAAUUUCUGGAAUUCGGUGUGACGAAUUGUCCGUGUUGCGAAGAUAUGUGUAUGUCCAGACCUUGUCGCAAUGUCUCUGGAAUACGACACCUUAUAUGGUGUCAGUGCUGAGCUUCCUCGUCUUUGUCUUGCUCGGCAAUAAGCUGACCACAACCAUCGCGUUUACCUCGAUUUCUCUGUUCAAUAUUCUGCGAUCGCCUCUCACGCGAUUCCCAGACACGAUUAACAGCAUUGCGGAGUGCAGAGUGUCCUUACAGCGAAUCGAGCGGUUCCUUUUAGCCAGUGAAAUCGAGAUUCCUUCGCGGGACAAUCGGUCCUCGAUCGGAAUCGAUUUGCAAGACGGACAUUUCUUUUGGAACGAACUAGAAAAGGACCGCGUGGAGGAAGAAAAGAAGCUCAAACAAAAGUCUGGGGCUGCUGUGAAGCCGGAAACGCCGCAGGAUUCUGCUGAGCAGAGCCAGCCGUUCGAACUGACAGGAAUCAACGUGUCCUUCGAGUCCAAUCAGCUCUCUGCAAUUGUCGGCCACGUGGGCUGUGGAAAAUCGUCGCUGUUGAACGCGAUUCUGGGCGAAAUGCCGAGGGUCGACGAGUCCAGGGAUCUGAAUUCGAUGGUCCACAUCAAAGGAAGCAUUGGCUAUGUGCCGCAGACGCCCUUCAUCAUGAACGCAUCGCUUCGCGAUAACAUUCUCUUCGGCUCUCCGUUCAACGAGGAAAAAUACAAGAAAGUUCUGGAAGCUUGCUCUCUGCUCCCCGAUAUCGCGAUUCUCCCCGCGGGAGACAUGACCGAAAUCGGAGAAAAGGGAAUCAACCUCUCCGGAGGGCAGAAGACGCGCAUUUCGCUGGCUCGCGCCGUGUACCAGAACUGCGAUAUAUACCUUCUGGACGAUCCGCUUUCCGCCGUCGACGCGCACGUGGGUCGACACAUUUUCCGGCACUGCAUCAAGGGAUUGCUGGCGAACAAGUGCGUGGUUCUGGUUACCCACGCGUUGGAGUUCUUGCCGGCGUGCGACCAAGUGAUUGUGCUCGAAAAGGGAGCCAUCGCCGAUCAGGGAACCUUCGAGAAGGUGAGCCAGGCCACGUCGGGCGUGCUGGCGGGAUUGCUGCAAGCGCAGAAGGAGGCGCAGGCGCAGCAGGCGCAGGAGGAGUCGCCGAUCUCGCCGAUCUCGCCCGUGGAGAAGAAGGAGGAAGAGUUCGAUGGUGCGAAGAAGAAGGAGGAAGAAGAAAUAGCGAAAGAAACCAAAGAAGAAGAAAAAGAGAAGAAGGAGGCGACGGCCGCGGUGGAAGUGACAGUAGUAAACGAUGCGAAGAAGGGCGAAUUGACCGUCGAGGAAACGCGCGUGAAAGGCAAGGUGAAGCGAUCUGUGUAUUGGAUGUACAUUGUGGCUGCUGGCGGGCUCUGCGUUUGCUUGGGCGUGCUGCUGACCUUCAUUCUCACCGAAAUCUUCAAAGUGCUGAACAAUCUCUGGCUGACUUUCUGGUCCAACAGCGACGAACCGGAAAGAGCUCUGUGGUAUGUGGGGAUCUACGCGCUACUCUCUCUGGGCUCGGUGAUCUUCAUGGGCAUCCGAUACGUCUCUCUCUAUCUCACGGGACUGAAGGCCAGCUCGCGACUGCACGACGGACUCAUCAAGGGAAUUCUCUAUUCUCCGAUGUCCUUCUUUGACCAAACGCCGCUGGGUCGAAUCACAAAUCGAAUCAGCAAGGAUAUCUACACGGUCGAUAAAACGCUUCCCGGUGUGUUUGCUUCGCUGUUCUCCUGCCUGUUCUCUGUGCUAUCGACUCUCAUCGUGAUUAUCAUCGCCACUCCGUGGUUUCUCGUGGUGCUUAUUUUCCUAUCCAUCUACUACAUCUAUGAGGGUCUAUUUUACAUCAAGAGCAGCCGCGAGAUCAAGCGACUGGACUCCAUUUCCCGCUCUCCCAUCUACGCCAAUUUCGGAGAAACACUCGACGGCACGUCCGUGAUCCGCGCAUACCAAGCUACGCAGCAAUUCAUUCAGAAGAACUACGAUCUUCUCGACCUCAACCAGCGUGCCUACUUCAUCAUCUCUUCUGCCAACUGCUGGCUGGGCAUUCGUCUCGAGUUCGCCGGAACCAUCAUCAUCGGAGCCGCUGCGUACUUCUCUGUCAUGCAGAAGGGCUCGAUGGACGAGUUCUUAACUUCCAUGGCCGCGCUGGCGAUCAGUUACUCGCUCGAUACCACGCAGUCGUUGAAUUGGGUCGUCCGCAUGGUGACCGACAUGGAGACGCAGAUUGUAUCCGUGGAGCGUAUCGAGGAAUACACCGAGCUUCCCUCCGAAGCCCCAGCCCACAUUCCCGACACGCAGCCCAGCGAAUCGUGGCCCUCCAAGGGCGAUAUCGCCAUCAACGGAAUCGUGAUGCGCUAUCGGCCCGAGCUGGAGCCCGUCAUCAAAGAGCUCAGCGUGCACAUUCUCCCCGGCGAGAAGGUCGGCGUGGUGGGCCGAACGGGCGCGGGGAAGAGCUCCCUCGUGCUCUGCCUGAUGCGAAUCAUCGAGCUGGAGCGAGGCUGCAUCGAGAUCGACGGCGUGGACAUCAGCAAGAUCGGCCUGGAGGAUCUCCGAUCGAAGAUCGCGAUCAUUCCGCAGGAACCGCUGCUCUUCUCCGGGACGAUCCGCGAUAAUUUGGAUCCGUUCAAUCACUACACGGACGAGGAAAUCUGGUCCGCCCUCCAGCGAGCCUCGCUCCACGAUCUCAUCGCUCAGGACCCUGCGGGGCUCGAGAAGACCGUGGAGGAGCACGGAACGAACUACUCGGUGGGUCAGCGGCAGCUGCUGUGUGUGGCGCGCGCGCUGCUUCGGAAAUCGAAGGUGAUUCUGAUGGACGAAGCGACCGCCUCGAUCGAUCUGGAGACCGAUAUGAAGAUCCAGAAGACGAUUCGGGAGGAGUUUUCGGAGAGCACGGUGAUCACGAUCGCGCAUCGAAUCCAUACGAUUAUUGAUAGCGAUAAGGUGAUGGUGAUGGAGAUGGGACAGCUGAGGGAGUUUGAUAAGCCGUCGGUGUUGUUGAGCGAUAAAAAUAGUAUGUUUAGCCAGCUUGUGGAGAAAUCGAAAGAGAUCGAAUAA